CGCAGGUCACAAUGUACGCUGCGUCGCCGUAUUUGUCCCACGUGGCGUACUGUUUGACCAGCCACGCAAGCAAGGUGGGGGUUCUUUUGCACUGGCGAGUUGAUUUGGGGGGCUUUUUUUUUUUGCAAAUUUCACGUUGUAUUAAAACCCCCUCCCCCAUCGUCCUCCAAAUCCCUAGCCAUUUUCCUCUUUCGCCGCCGGCCACCAAAUCCCUAGCCGGCGUCGUCCUGCCGGCGCCCACUCCCUGCCCAGCACCGCUCACCGCCGGCGUCGCCGCUUCUGCAACGAGUUGUUCUUCCCUUGAAGCAUGUCUGCAUCGAGCUCCUGCCGCUCUUCUCGCCGCGGCGGCGGUCCAUUCAUCCCCCUCAUCUACUGCCAGUGGGGUGUGGUUCCAUGGUGAAGAAGCAUGUUUCCGGCACAGAGGAUCACCCUGGAUGGGUGUACUACCGCUACCCGGUCAUGGUAAUGGAUGCAAUUUCUGGCAUUGGGAGAGGGAGUAUGUUGCUUACUUGGUGGAGAAGAUGUUUCUCACUGGAGAUAAUGCUGUGGAUGUAAUUGGGUGGUCUGAAGACAGGAGAGAAGAGUUGGAGCGGCGCAAUGAAGAGAGAAGAGCUAGAGGGAUGAUGGCAGUAGGAUUUAGGGGUUCAUGCUGUGAGGAGAGGAGUGAAUCUUUAUUGCAGGUUGGCAAGUAGAUUGUUCUUCUGUUGAAGAUAGCUCUGGCAGUAGGUGUGUGUGUGUGUGCUGUGUGUGAUGCUACUGAGUAAAGGAGGAGUGAACUAUGUGUGUGAUGAUGUUGAAGAUA